AUGAAACAGAUAAGUAUUUUAUUUUCAUCAGAUAUAUUAGGUACUGGAUUAGCACAUUCUACCAAUGCGAGUGGUAUUAGACAGCCGGAAUCUGCUGGCGUUGCAGCCCCUCCUCCACCCCAUUCAGGUACAGCCAAGAAAGUGAAGCGAGCCCACGGAUCAGUGACGGACAUCCCGGAGGAACGCGAGAUAGGGGAAGAUGUGACGACUUUGAUUGGUGGGAUAACUCAGCCAACCCCUGCUGAGGAUCCUGUCGAACAGCAUGACCUGAGUCCAGGAGCGGGAAUACACACAACUCCGCCGAUGAACGAACAUACUUCCAUAUACCACACGGGCACGACUCUUCCGUACCAUCACCAUUCCUAUUCUACAACAGAGGAAGUGGAGCCAGAAGACCGUCUACCAGGAACAGGAAACUGCCCCGAGUUUGAAGACAUCACGAAAGAACAUCAUGUAAUUAUUCGACAUGAAAACUGCGAAAUAUUUAUAUCACAUGAUGAUUCCAUACGGUGGUUUGGACAGCCGGGGUUUAGUCCACCUUCAGUCUACGUCAGGAACUUUGUAUGA